UUUUUGAAGCGCUGGCGUGUUUUUUUUAUCCCACUUUUCAUUUCUUCACAAUCCGCGGCUGCUCGCACUCCCUCUGAUCCCCGGCUCUCCGCGCUCCGUUCUCCCGGCGUCAGGCGCUCCGGAUCCCGGCUGAUUCUCCUGCAUCCCUCUGUCUCUCUCUCUCUGCGGGCUCCUCUGAGAUGCUCUCCCCGCUCUGCGAGCCUCUCUCCGCCCUCUUUUAACUUCACAGAGACGCCAGUUUAACGCCCGGGCAGCUGCGAGCCAGGGCUGGGAUCUAAAACAACCCCGGAGAAACCCAGAGGGAUCCCGGGCUCUUCUUUGGAUCAGGACCCGGUACUUUGGGGAAGCUCGCUCGUGUGUCCCUCCUCCUCCUCCUCCUCCUCCUCCUUCCUCCUCCUCAUCGCUCCUCUUUUCUCCACCUUAAUCCAGGUUGGCUUUUUUUGAGUGGCUGGUACAGGGAGGAUUAUUCUUCUUUCUUGUUUCUGGUGAAGACAAAGCUCCCAGAAGGACACUUUGAUGUUCUCCAUCCAGGACAGCCUCCCCCGGGGGGCCCUGACCAUGAAGGAGGAGCCGCUCCCCACCGGCAUGACCCCGGUCCGCUCCUGGAUGCAGGGCGCAGGGAUUUUGGACGCCAACACAGCGGCCCAGAGUGGUGUGGGUUUGGCCCGAGCUCACUUUGAGAAGCAGCCUCCAUCCAACCUGAGGAAGUCCAACUUUUUCCACUUUGUGCUGGCCCUCUAUGACCGGCAGGGUCAGCCGGUCGAGAUCGAGAGGACUUCCUACGUAGACUUUGUGGAGAAAGACAAGGAGUACAACGGAGAGAAGACCAACAACGGGAUCCACUACAGGCUACAGCUCCUCUACAGCAACGGCAUCAGGACAGAACAGGAUCUUUAUGUUCGGCUCAUAGACUCCAUGACCAAACAGGCCAUCCUGUAUGAGGGUCAGGACAAGAAUCCAGAGAUGUGUCGUGUCCUCCUCACCCACGAGAUCAUGUGCAGUCGGUGUUGUGACAAGAAGAGCUGCGGAAAUCGCAACGAGACGCCCUCCGACCCCGUCAUCAUCGACAGAUUCUUCCUCAAGUUCUUCCUCAAGUGCAAUCAGAACUGUUUGAAAAAUGCAGGAAACCCACGAGACAUGAGGAGGUUCCAGGUGGUGGUUUCCACUACAGUCAACGUGGACGGUCACGUGCUGGCGGUCUCAGACAACAUGUUCGUCCACAACAACUCCAAACAUGGCCGCCGCGCUCGACGCCUGGACCCCUCUGAAGCAGCCACGCCCUGCAUCAAAGCCAUCAGCCCGAGUGAAGGCUGGACGACCGGCGGAGCCACCGUCAUCCUCAUCGGAGACAACUUCUUCGACGGCCUGCAGGUCGUCUUCGGCACCAUGCUGGUCUGGAGCGAGCUGAUCACCCCUCAUGCCAUCCGGGUCCAGACUCCUCCCCGUCACAUCCCCGGGGUCGUGGAGGUCACGCUGUCCUACAAAUCCAAACAGUUCUGCAAAGGAGCACCGGGACGAUUCGUCUACACUGCCUUGAACGAGCCGACCAUUGACUACGGCUUCCAAAGGCUACAGAAGGUCAUUCCUCGCCACCCUGGAGACCCUGAGAGGUUACCUAAGGAGGUACUGUUGAAGCGAGCAGCCGAUCUGGUUGAGGCUCUGUACGGGAUGCCUCACAACAACCAAGAGAUCAUCCUGAAGCGAGCGGCCGACCUCACUGAGGCGCUCUACAGCGUCCCUCGCAGUCACAACCAGCUGCCCUCUCUCACCAGCUCGGCCGCGCACUCAGGCAUGAUGGGAGUGAACUCCUUCAGCAGUCAGCUCGCCGUCAACAUCUCCGAGGCCUCACAGGCCGACCAGGGUUACUCCCGUAACUCGAACAGUGUGUCUCCUCGCGGCUACGUGCCAAGCUCCACGCCUCAACAGUCCAACUACAACACCAUCACGUCCACUAUGAACGGAUACGGAGCUGGGAUGACCAACCUCGGCGUACCUGGAUCCCCCAGCUUCCUCAACGGCUCCACCAACUCUGCUUAUGCGAUCAAACAGAAGAGCGCCUUCGCCCCUGUCGUGCGGCCACAGACCUCCCCGCCCCCCACCUGCACCACCACCAAUGGCAGCAACCUUCAGGCUAUGGCAGGUCUCAUCGUCCCACCAAUGUGAGGAGGACCCUCAGCCAGAUAUGAAAAACACCCUGAAUCCCCCAGCUGAUGUCCCUGCCCACCUGAAACGCCGCAACAACAACGGCAGUGAAGAAUCCUUCCCCUCAUCCCCAGAGACCCCAACUGACCCACAAUCCUUCACUGCCCCAGUGGAAAACGUUUGACUCUUCAUCGAUUAAUUUUAGCGCAGCUUGACAUCUUCACUGAGAGACUUCUGAAGCCAUCACAGAUGUCUGAACCAGUCUUCUCAGAUGUCUGCAGUUGCUCCACCUGUGGAGGCUGAACAGGUCUCAGAUCAGUUUGAACCACUGUGAGACAGGAAGUAGGCAUGUCCACCGGGAGCUUCAAUCUGCCGCAGUGACAUCACAGAGAGAGGUUCAAUCUCAUUGGAUAAAAGGACAGUUUGAUCAGAUAUAGAUUUUAAUUUCAUCUUUACAUCACAGCCAACCAGACUCCAUUUAGAAAUUGAUUCAUUUCCAGCUCUCCAUUAAAUUCUACAUAAUAUGAAAUGAAUCAGCAGAGUCUGAACCUGAACGUGUUCUGCAAUCCAUCACAGCAAAACCCUAACUUAACCCUAACCCUAACCCUUAAGACAUGCAGAACAAUCACAGAGCCACUACUGCACUAAUUAUGAAAGAACAUAGUCAUAUUUCUUAACAAAUUAAACAGCAGAAGCUGAGCUACAACGUGUGAAAAACAUGUUUAUAUGACCCAAACACAGUCCAAGCACUACUCAAAUAAACAACUGAAACAUCAAACUUCGUGAAUCACCCUGACCCUAGAAAAUUGGCUUUGGGCUCAAAGGGUUAAGAAAACAUCAUCCAGUCCCUUCAAGAAGUUGGGACAGUAACAAUAUUUGCACAUCUGAUAAACUGAAACAGUUGUACAUGUACGUGUGAGAAUGAGGAAAAACUGUUUCAGCGUGUAUAACACUGACGAACACGUCAACAAAACACAAGUUUGACAACAACUAUAAUAAUUCAAUUUAAAAUACCUAUUGUCAAUUUGAGGUACACAGGUCUGCAAACACGAGCAACAUAAUAAUAAAUUAGCAAUCUAAAAAUACAAAACAUGAUCAUGUAAAGAUGAAAACACGGAACUGUCAGCGGCUGCUCAUGUUACCGAAAUGAGUGGAAAUCAGUGGAGGAUGCUGACAGUUAUUUUAAUAUCAUAAAUGAAAAAAAUAAUGAUGACACAAUGAGGGAAUAACUUAAAUCUCUGCUGAUUAAAUCUCCUGAUUCUAAUAAACAUGUGAUUUUGUAGUAAAUGGCUAAAAUGCAGCGUUCCUUUGAAGCUGUGAGUCUAUUUGAAAUAACUUUAUUUAAAACAGUACUGAACCACGUUUAACAAUCAGCUACAUUAUGCAGCUUUAGUUUAAUUAAACCUCUGAUCUCUUGUGGCUGGAUCAGAAGCCCUCGGUGGACACUGAACCUGAGUCAGACUGAGUCCAGAAACCAGAUAAAAAUCAAACAUUUGAUCAAAUCUGGAAAAACCGUCAGACGGUUUCCUGAUUGGAUGCAGAGGACGAGAGUCCUGAUAAAAAAUCACAAGCAUUUUCCUUUGUGUACCAUAGCUUUUAAUGUUUGUGUCUCAUAUUCUAAAAAGGAGGAAAAUGCAGUAAGCUUUUAAGCUGAGGACAGAAUGAACAAAUGUCCUGCCGAUGAGCAGAUGUUACAAUAACAUUUGUCUCAACACAGUCGAGGCAGUCGAGUUUAUUUUCCUGUUUUGUUUUUUUAGGUUAAUUUUCUGUUAUUUCUUUGUUUUUGUCUCAUUCUUUAACUGCAGUACAAUAGUUCUGUUCUAGUUCUGUUUGCAGGUGUGUCGAGUGGUAGAUUUUAACCAGAAAAAGCUUGCAGCUGUUUUAAUCACAUUUAGGUACCAGACUUUUCUCCUUGUUCUUCUUCUGAUUGUGCUUAUUUUCUAUGUAUUUAUAAAGUAUGUUUUUGGGGAGUUCCUUUUGUGAUUUAGGCCUGAAUGAUAGUCUCAAAUAUAUAUGUAAACACAUUUGAUGUCUUAAUACCUUUUAGAUAUUGUAAAAAGAGUGAACAAGUGAGAGGAAUUAACCCUUUUUGUAAAAACAAACCAUCAUGACGUGGUCACAUCCUGUUUUUGAAGGCAGGACGUAAAAAAACGCUUUCAUCACUUUUGUAUAAAACUGCUUUUCCGAUACAAUAUUUAACUUUUUGUAAACAGCAUCAUUUGUGUUUCCCCUGGUUCUUCUCGUCCUUUGUGUAUUAUUGUGAAAUGUAUAAUCAUGGUUAUUUCUUAAUGCACUACUUCUUUUUGUUGGGGCACUUAAUAAGAGCAAUGCAUCUUAGCGAAAAAGAAAAAAGCUGAAAGUGGAAAAAAAAAAAGAAAAAAAAGAUGAAAGCUAGAAUGAUAUGCACCAUAUGUUUUUCUGGCAGAAUCCUUGUCAUGUGAAUUUUUUUUAAAUUUCCAAAGCUUAUAGCGUCAUAAUAUUCCUCCACUCUUCCUUUUGGACCAAGCUUGUCUCUUGGUAGACAAUAUUUUAUCCAUUUUUGAUAUUAGACCCGACCCUCGUCUUUGUGUUUUUCGGUGAGAACGAUCGUACGAUUUUAAAAACAGGAAGCAGAUUUUAAAACCACUCCACCAGAACAUUACGUUUUUGGGUCAUUGAUCUCAAGGAAACUUCCAUCGAUGUUGGUGUCGUUGUAGAUGGUGCUGUUCUCGUCGUCACACACAAUCUGGAUCAUUUACUUAUGCAACUGCAUUCCUGUUCUGUCAUGUGAACUCAUCUUCUUCAACGCCAGCACUACUUUUUUCUUUUGACGAGCUCUUCUCCUACUGGCAGAAUUUGUUAUUUUGCACCAGAUGUUUGUCCCUCAGGUUCCCCAAGAGAAGAGAACGUUUGCAUUUGCAGCACUGAUCUAAAACUGACAUGGCUAGGUCAGCAAUUAGCUUUUUAAAUAGCGCAGCCUGUUGGUCUCAAUAAAAAGUUUAAAACUCCCUGAUUUAUUGGUAAUGUAAAAGAAGUUUCUAUACAACAAUCCAGGAUAGAAGCGCCUGGUUUACUAAAGACAAACACAUCAUCUUUUAAUUAUAACUUCUCCAGCACAUCAUUAUUAUACAGUAUCUCAGAAACUGGUUUUAUUUAAAUGUCAUAUGGUUAUAAAUCUAAUAACAUGAAAACAAUCUAAUAAGACAGCCGUUUGCACCAACAGGGGUUUCAGGGCCCAGCUUCUCAGAACUGACAUCACAGGACUGACAGUGUCAGAACCCUGAGCUGCCUGCUUGUUGUGAUUGGCUGUAAAGUUUACAGCCAAUCAAGCAGGAACAGUCCAGAUUUAAGCGGUGUGGUGCAUUCAUCCCCGAAAUCUCCUUUUCUUUGACUUUGAGCCUCAGUAAUGUCACAGCAAAUUUGGACUAAACAAGCUGCAGCCUUCAUUCUGUCACAGACUGAAACCUACACUGUACAUUUGCUGUUAACAGGACCGCUUACAGCAACUGUUGGUGCAACCGAUGUAAAUUCCUUUCUAAUGAUCAGCUGGUGCAUCCUGGUCCAGAGUCAUUACUGACUAACAAUUUUGACACACAGAGAUUGAUACAAAGGAAAAAGUGCUACACGUCUCCAUUAUUUUCUUUCCAAUUUACAUUACAGGACUGUAGAAAAAGUUUGUGCUUAAAGAAAACUAUCAAACAUCCCUUUAACUCCUGAAGAAUCGCCUGAAUCUCUAAAUUUAAAAUCAAAGUUGAGGGCAGGAAUGUGACAGUAAAAACUUAUGCAACAGAAACCUUCAGUCACUGCACGAUACUCUUGUAUUGGCGUUUUGUUGAAGAUGUGUCCAGCGUCUUUGUGGGAGAAGCCAUUUUUUCAGCCACACUAAUCAAAUGAACGGUUGCACGUAAUUUCAGUUGGACAUGAACUCCCCUGUCCGUCUUUCAACAGCUUGCUGGUUUUGGUUUUUUGGUCACAGUUGUAGAAAGUUUUGCUUCUCACCAUCCUGGUUUCAGUCGAGGUUUUAAUAACUGCAAAUAUGCUUCUUUUUUCGAUGUUUUACUUCAAUGUGAAAGAGGGCAGAGGUACUGCAUCUUUGUGAAAUAUGAAAUAUAUCAUCAAAGUAUAUCAAAGCACAAUGUUUAAUUAAUGUCUUUAGAAUACAAACGGGGGCAACACCCCCAGCUUUUCUUUCCUGUCUCUGGCCAUGCUGUAAAUAGAUGCAUGUUUUUGGGUUUUUGGUUUAUUUUUUCCUGUGAUUCAGUGCUUUUUGUACAGAAACAGUCUAAUAAAGAUUACAUUUGGCUUGAA